AUGUCAUACAGCACGAAUCCGCUCUCAUUCUUGGAAGACCGGCAUUUGAGUGAGAUGGAACCCCAGAGGGCUCUGGUCCCCAUUCAAGGCCCUGCCUCGCCCAGAAGCAGACGGCUUGUCCCGACCCAAACGCCACCUACAACUCUACCACGAUACUAUGACGAGGCACCGCUUAGACCCAGGAUCAGAAAGCCUGCAUCAGCAGCCUUUACCGCAAAAGUACUUCUCGGCCAGCUUCUCUCAUAUCCCUCGAUGAUGGCUAGAGGCGGCCGCCUGCCGCCGUUCAUCUUCCCUCAGUGUGCGAUUGAUGGAGUCGUAUCACCUGUUGAAUGCAGUGCUCAGGGGUAUCAUCAGUGUUUGCCUGAAGUGCUGGCCAUCUGCUGUAGUCUGAUACAAGCCUACGAGGCGAGGACCCCUGGAAGCACGGCCUUCGUAUGGAAGAGCAUCUACAAGGAGGUUGGCAGGAUUAGAGAAGAGUACGAUUCCUUCAGUCGUGAAGAACUCGUAUCAGCUGGGCAGGCUAUGACGAUAUACGUGCUGUUGCAAGUGAAGGACCAAGAUUCCAUCCCACACAACGAUAUUGACUUCCUGAUAUCAACCCCUGUUCUCUUGGCAAGAAAGCUUUAUUUUCAGAUGGAUUACACCUCCAACUUCAUCAAUGGCGCUAGCCUUGAUCGGCGUGAAUGGGCUCUGAGAGAGUGUGUUCGGAGAAACGUCUGUCUGAACUUUGGGUUCGAGCUGCUCGUCGACACAGACUUCAGCGGAGGGAAAGCAGCUACCUGUGGUUAUGACAAGGUGGCAGUUCCGACAGGAAGGUAUCUGUGGGAGCCUGUGUCAAAUGUCGAGUGGUCUGCGCGCUACAAAAAGAUGGAAGCAGAGAUUCGGAAGAAGCCCUUGAGUAUCCAAGAUCUGCGACGGGAGAAGCGGGAGAUUAGACUUCUAGUCGUCGAUUCCAUGGACUUUGCUGUCAACACAGUUCAUGUGUCUAUGGAAAUCGUAUCCUUGGAUGAUCAACCCGAAUACGAUGCGUUGUCUUAUGUUUGGGGUUCUUCAUCACCGCCCCGGGGAGAGCGCGGGAAGCUUUACCUCGAUGGCCACAUGCUCGACGUAACUCAAACACUGUUCCAAGCUCUUCGAUCCAUCCGAAGCUACCCAAAGACACCCCCACGACGCAUUUGGGUCGAUGCUGUCUGCAUCAACCAGCAAGAUCACCGGGAAAAGUCUUGGCAGAUAUUGUUGAUGGCCAGCAUCUACAGGCUCGCCUCCACGACAUAUAUAUUCACGAACGAUAAUCUUCAAGGCAUCCGAGCUGCAUUACAACUUGAUGCCCGAAAGUUCCGAGCAGAUAUGAACCACUUCAAGAGAACUGCUGGCGACAAGAAUGCAGACGGACCUCAGCCCGAAUUGAAGCAAGACAACAUUCAUGUCGCUAUUUGGCGCGACAGCUCUCAAACAUCGAGAAACUGGAGGGCUAUUAAGUUGCUUCUCAGUCACCCUUGGUGGGGACGAAGAUGGGUGAUACAAGAAGCCUUCUUCUCCAGAAACCCGGUUUUCAUUUGCGGUUCGGCCUCAGACAUAUUACCGUUGGACAAGAUCGCGCAAAUAGCCGUCUGGCACCAGAAGUUUGCCUCAUCAGCCCAUAACGUGCCCGAGUUUAUUCAAACGCUUUUCGACUCGUGCCCUUUCUAUCCGCUCCUCAGGGAGUGGAAAUCAUAUCGAACAGACCCUGACGUCCAUAGGGCUCCUCUUCCAAGAUGGAUGACACUAGCAAAGGGCUUCAAACAGAGUCUUUCCAGAGACAUGGUCUUUGGUCUGUUGUCCUUGGCAUCACCUGAAGACCAGUUGAGGGUCAAGCCUGACUACUAUCAUUCAGACGAAACUGUGUUCACGUCCAUUUUUGCAGUUUAA